UGGUGGAUUGUUGAGACUGGGGAUUUGAAUGUACUCAAUUUUUAUUUUCAAGUAAAAGAAAUUAAACUAUAAUUUACAAAUAUAAACAUACCAUAAUGUUUUUGAAAAUGUACUAGUGUUCUAGCUCUCAAUCAAACAGUCUGCGUUCGCUGUUUUUAAAUCAUAAACUUAUAUUAGCCUGUGCGCAAGUUUGUUAUAAUGGACGAAGAAGACGAAUACAUUGAAAACACUUGGGCUUACUUAAACAUAUUAUCUUUAUGCGGGGAACCAACGCUUUACGAAGGACUACGGUUUGCUAAAGAUUUGAUUUUGCCUAAUGUAUGCCUUCGCCUCAUUAUACAGUAUGUGCCUAUGCCUCAUACAGUGAGGCACAGUUUGUCCCUCAUCAUCGGCAGUUUUCUUUUAUACUUCAAUAUCGGGUCCAAUUUUAUUUGGACUAUUGGACUUACCACAGGUUCAUAUGUAUCCAUUAUAGCUGUAUCUGUUGUAACAAAAAAAUGGAGAGGACUUUAUAUUUCUAUUUGUGUAAUUUUGUUUUUAUUGCUUUGUGAGAUUUAUGUAUUAAAUCCAAAACUGUGGCAGCAAAUAAGGGGUGUUCAAAUGAUAGCAGCAAUGAAGAUUAUUUCAGUAGCUAUUGAACUAGAUCGAGAUUUGUUUAAGCAAAUGUUGAACCCAAUCGAAUUUGGGGGGUAUGUUCUUUGUCCAGCAAACUGUAUCUUAGGGCCAUGGAUAUCAUUCCAAACCUAUAAUGAAUAUCUUGAUGUUAGAUUUCUGUCUAGCAGAUGGAUUAAGAUAAUCUUUAGAUACCUUGUGCUAUCAAUGGUAUUUUUACUACUGUCUAAUUGUUUUAUACCUGGUUACAUAGAUGAAAGUGCAACAAAAUGGUUAGUAGCCUAUCGUGAUGCUCAAGCAUUUCGGAUGUCUCACUACUUUGUCUCAACUAUGUCAGUUGUAUCUAUGACAAGUGCUGGGUUUGGAUUAUCUAAUGAUUGUCACUCAGAGUUACAAGUAACAAAACCAAUGCUUAUUGAACUCCCACGGUCACUUGUCCAAGUAGUUAUUUUUUGGAAUAUCCCAAUGCACCAGUGGUUAAAGAACUAUGUAUUUAAAACAUGCCAACCAUAUGGUCAAUUUAUUUCAAUCUUUACAACAUAUGCAGUGUCAUCUUUGCUACAUGGAUUUAACUUUCAAUUUUCAGCUGUCCUUCUUAGCAUAGGUACAUUUUCCUAUGUGGAAUACAAUUUCCGUUACAAAAUAGCAUCUGCAUUGGAAGUGUGUUGUUUAGCCAACCCUUGUGUGAAGCAAUGUGAACAUAAAUACAAGAAGAACAGUUUACUAGCAGUUGUUGUAAACACUCUAUUUUCACUUGUUACUGCUAUUCAUUUAGCUUACUUAGGUGUAAUGUUUGAAGCAUCCUUUUCAGUGCAAGAAACUGGUUAUUCAUAUUACCACACUAUAAGUAAAUGGGAAAACCUCAAUUACUUUAGCCAUGGCCUUGCCGCUUUCAUGUAUGUGAUAUAUUUAAUGAUGUGAUUGUCUAUUUAAAAUUAAGCCAUUUUGACAAAAGUAUUUUAACUAACUUAUUAAGCAAAAUGAUCUCAAAAAUUUUGUACCAGUUUAGUAAACAAUAUGCUAUUAUUAAUUCUUCUAUGUUGCUUGCUUAAGCAUAAAACUAGAUAAGUUUGGUUCAAAAUAAUAUUAGAGAAGUUAGUAUAAGAGCACUACAGAUUUUGCUUGGGCAACAUUAUGACAAAAGUUGUUACUCUUGUAUAAUGUUAGCCCAAUACUGAUAUUUUAUAAUAUUAUUGGUCAAUUAUCAUAUAAUAAUAUUGGCUUAAUGCUUAAAGAUUCCUUGUACUCAUUUAGUGUGGUUUAAGCUACACUAUGUAAACCAUAGAGAAGGUGCCAGUUGAAAAAUACUGUUAACAUGGCCCAUUUGUAUUAACGCUUAUUACUCCUUAGUAGAUCUUAGUUUAGCCUCUUGAUAAAGUAAAGAUUAGUAUAAAGACUAUGUCAGACACAACCUGAUGUGAUGACCUUCAAUUGACCAUCUUGCACUCAAGGAAAUCUUUCAAACUUGCACUCUAGGAAAUUGCAAUAUUGUGUGUUUAGACUUUUAAAUACUGUUCCAGUUCAAAAUUAUAAUCAUUUGUGUAGUUCAUGUGUAUAUCAUUGAUGAUCAGGGUUAAUCAUUUCAUUCCAAUCAUAAUCAAAUAAAAUAAAAUGUUUACUUUGUAUUUCUUUAUUAUGGUAAGCUAGGUAAUCUCACUAAGAUAAGUCUUUUUCACAAUAUACUAUUUGUCUAGUUUACUUAUGGGUAUGUCUGUGGUAAGACAAAAAAAGUUUUAAAUAACUUAGAACCAACUUUAUUAAUAAUAUAGCACAAAUUUAAUGGCAUUUAAUGCACAUAUUUUUAUUGUCAGUAUUUUACAUUUGUGUUGUGUAUGCUAAUAUCUAUAAUCUUAUUUAUAAGUACUUAAUCUGCAAUGUUUUUU